GGCUGAAAACACUCACGCUGGUUCCCUUCAAGGAUGUCGGGAGUGAUUUCGCCACAUCGCUUGCACAACUCGUCGAGCCGCCUGCUCGCCGCUGUUCGCUCCCCGGCUCCAGGACUUCCGCGGACCGUCUCUUACUGAUUGUGAAAUGCUGCUAAAUGAGACGCCCCUGUUCGAGCCCUCGCUGCUUCUGGAGCUCGACUGGAGCAGCAACACUCUCUCCUUCUCUCCCCCCAUUUCCCCGGCCAGUCCCGGGGAAGGCCUGGUGCUCAGGCCGCUUUGUACCGCAGACUUCAACAGGGGAUUCUUCAAGGUUUUAUCGCAACUCACUCAGACGGGCGAUGUCACCCCAGAGCAGUUCACGAAGAAGUUUGAGCACAUGAAGAAGACGGGAGACUACUACGUCGUUGUGGUGGAGGACACAAACCUGAGACAGAUUGUUGCCACGGCAACUUUGAUCACAGAACACAAAUUCAUCCACUCUUGUGUGCAGAGAGGCCGGGUGGAGGAGGUGGUGGUUAGUGACGUGUGCAGAGGGAAACAGCUGGGCAAACUGUUGGUUUGUGCUCUCACUCUCCUCAGCAAAAAACUCAAUUGCUACAAAAUCACACUGGAAUGCGCCCCCAACAAUGUGGCUUUCUACCAGAAGUUUGGAUACGUCGCCUCGCACGAGACUUACAUGCAGUGUCGAUUCUCCACCUGAGGACAACGUCAGCUUUAAACUUCAUUUUGGGGCGCCAUGAACCACACACACUCACACACCUUUUAUACACUAUGACAUCAAAGGACACAUUUUCUUAAGAAAUUUGUGAGUGCUGCUCAAGGAUGAGUUUGAGUAGUUCCUGAAUGCUCAUCCUGAAUUUGAACACACCUGAAUGGGCGUUGAAGUCUUGAGCGCAGUCCAAAAUGAACCUCCUGCCCUUUGGUUACCGUGACUACCUCAUCAUUGUAGAGCUGUGUCGUUAUCUGAAGAAAGAAACGUCAGUCACUUUAUGUGAUGUCCUUAUUUUAUUUUUUUUACAUUACUUGGGAGUAACUGACUGUACUAAAUUACAUUUCCUACUUACCGGCAACUGUCAGAAUUUAAGAGAUUGUAUUUAUUUCUGAAGCAGCUGAAUAAUAAUAUAAUACUAAAUUACAUUUCCUACUUACCAGCAACUGUCAGAAUUUAAGAGAUUGUAUUUAUUUCCGAAGUAGCUGAAUAAGAAAUUAAAGGCUUCACUACAAAUCAGUACGCUGCAGGGAAUUAGUUUUGAUCAUGAUUCAAACUUAUUCUCACAGGUCUUCCAUUGAUACAGGGCAAGUCACCAAAGAAAUGUAUUUCUUUAAAUGUGAUGAGUUAUUACUUUGGGUUUUACUGGGGUUUCAUAUUUCUAUCAGUUGGUACAAAGUGCCUUUCUCAGCAGCUUGUUUUCUUUGACAGUGUUGCUGAUUCACAAUAAUGGUUUGAAUACUGCGCCAUGAAGAAUUACUAUCACGACUGUUAUAAUGUAUAAUAUUUAUAGCGAACAAUUAGGUACUUAUGUUUUGUAUUUGGACGGUAUUAGAAGUUAGUGAAACAUUUUGAAGGGGAGGGUAAAUAAAUCAACAUGUUUUUGUAUAUGAACCAUUUAAGUUUUAUACUUAUUCUGGAGAACAUGAAUACAUUUAAUGUAAUUUAUUUCCAACUAUGUAAGAUACAUAAAAUAUUCUACAAUCUGUU